CAUUCAAAAAAAACUAAAAAAAAAUUAAAUCUAAAAAAUCAAUGCUUUUAUAGUGUGUUUCAAAUUCAACAAACAGUUUGCUGUAUAAUAACAAUCAAAUCAAUUAAAUUAAUUAAUUAAUUAAUUAAUUAUUAACUAAUUGUUGACAACAACGACAACAACUGUUAAUAAAUAUGUUGUUAAACAUUAUCGGCGGUCACUGUCUUCGGGCGGCAAAGUCAACGACAACUACGGGUGGACCGCAAGUGUUGACCAAAUUGACACAAAUCCGUCAUUUAAGUCACAAUCGUAUCAAUAGUUAUAAUAAUGCUGUCCUUCAAAAUUAUCGGCGUUUUGAAGCCGCCGAACAGCGCCGUUACAAAUCGGAUAAAGUCCAGGGAGUGGUCAUCGGUAUUGAUUUGGGUACGACUAACUCGUGCGUAGCGGUCAUGGAGGGCAAGACACCGAAGGUCAUCGAAAAUGCCGAAGGAUCGCGAACGACACCGUCGGUAGUGGCGUUUACCGCUGACGGUGAACGCUUGGUUGGUAUGCCGGCUAAACGCCAAGCGGUAACCAAUGCGGCCAAUACUUUCUACGCUACCAAACGGCUUAUCGGCCGUCGGUUCGAUGACGCCGAAGUCCAGAAAGACAUCCGUAUAGUUUCCUAUAAGAUUGUUAAGUCCAGCAACGGUGACGCGUGGCUACAAUCGCACGGCAAACUGUAUAGUCCGUCGCAAAUCGGCGCCUUUAUACUGACCAAAAUGAAAGAAACGGCCGAAUCCUAUCUGAAUCAAUCGGUCAAGAAUGCAGUGGUCACUGUACCGGCCUAUUUCAACGAUAGCCAGCGUCAGGCUACGAAAGAUGCCGGCCAGAUAGCCGGCCUGAAUGUAUUGCGGGUAAUCAACGAACCGACUGCAGCCGCUAUUGCUUACGGUAUGGAUAAAACCGAGGAUAAGGUUAUAGCGGUCUACGAUCUGGGCGGCGGUACGUUUGAUGUAUCGAUUUUGGAGAUACAAAAAGGUGUAUUUGAAGUGAAGUCGACAAACGGCGAUACUUUCCUCGGUGGCGAAGACUUUGACAAUGCAUUGGUUAACUAUUUGGCCAAAGAGUUCCGACGGGAACAGGGCGUUGAUGUAACCAAAGAUGUGAUGGCAAUGCAACGGCUGAAAGAGGCGGCCGAAAAGGCUAAGUGCGAACUGUCGGCAUCGGUUCAGACGGAUAUCAAUUUGCCGUAUCUGACUAUGGAUGCCGGCGGCCCGAAACAUAUGAACUUGAAGUUGACUCGGGCCACGUUUGAGUCGCUGGUCGCCGAUCUGAUUAAGCGUACCAUUGAACCGUGCCGUAAGGCUAUCAACGAUGCCGAAGUCAAACGUACCGAUAUUCACGAAGUCCUGCUGGUCGGCGGUAUGACCCGUAUGCCCAAAGUACAGGAAACUGUUCAGGAAAUUUUCGGUCGGGCGCCGUCCAAAGCGGUCAAUCCGGACGAGGCUGUAGCUGUCGGUGCAGCCGUACAGGGAGGUGUCCUAUCGGGUAAUGUAACCGAAAUCUUGUUGCUCGACGUUACCCCCCUAUCGUUGGGCAUUGAAACACUGGGCGGUGUAUUCACCAAAUUGAUUAACCGUAACACUACUAUACCCACUAAGAAAAGUCAAGUAUUUUCUACGGCAGCCGACGGCCAGACUCAGGUCGAGAUUAAGGUAUGUCAGGGCGAACGUGAAAUGGCAUUGGAUAACAAAACGUUGGGCCAGUUUUCGUUGAUUGGUAUACCGCCGGCACCCCGUGGUAUCCCCCAAAUCGAGGUAACCUUCGAUAUCGAUGCCAACGGUAUUGUACACGUAUCGGCCCGGGAUAAGGGAACCGGUAAAGAGCAACAAAUUGUCAUCCAAUCAUCGGGUGGUCUAUCGAAAGAUGAUAUCGAAAAUAUGAUUAAAAAUGCUGAGAGAUAUGCAGCUGAAGAUAAAAAACGUAAGGAAUCAGUCGAAGCUGUCAAUCAAGCGGAGAGUAUUAUUCACGACACUGAGUCCAAAAUGGAUGAAUUCAAGGAUCAGUUGCCCGGCGAAGAGGUGGACAAACUGAAGGAAAAGAUUCAGAAGACACGGGAAGUGUUGCAGAAUAAGGAUAACGAAACACCGGAGAAGAUGAAAGAAGUUACCAAUGAUUUACAACAGGCAUCGUUGAAGUUGUUUGAGAUGGCCUACAAAAAGAUGGCUGCCGAUAGAGAAAGUAGUCAACAAUCAUCUCAGUCUUCUUCAUCAUCAACAUCGUCGUCAAGUAGUUCAUCAACUGAUGAAACAAUUGAUCAAAAGGACGAUAAAGACAAAAAAGAAGAUAAAAAUUAAUUUAAUUAAUUAAUUAGUAAUCAUUUGAUUUGAUAAUUAACUUUAACUUUAAACAAAAAUAAGAUUUUUUUUUUUUUAAAAAACGAAAC